AUGGCCUCCCAGGCACCAUGCCUCAUUGCUCACAUUAUCACCGAGCUCGCCAUGACGGCUCUGUCCCUUUGGCUCUCAUGGCUGCGGUCUCCGCGCGAGGCCGGGGCAGAAAGAGACAUUGAAAACAUGUUGGCGGACGUCCGCCUGGAGACUCAGACGAAACGUGAGAAGCUGCGAGACAUUUCUGCAGACCUGCCGGUUGCGAGACGCCGUGGAGGUGGACUGUGA